UGUGAAUGUGAAGCUCUCUGAAAAAGUUUUUCUGGUGAAUAUUGUUCGAUUUCUAACUAAGGGAGGACUAAGGACUAAGGGAAAUAAAAGUAUGCACUUUCUAUCGCUGAACAUCAAAGACUGCCUCGGCUGCAGCGAUGUGAGCGUGUCGUUCCCCCAAUCGAACAGCGUGCAUGUGCUGCUGUACAAGCCGAUGGGGCAGGAGCAGGCCCGCGACACCGUCAAUGUGGCCGUGACGCCUGUGGCACAGGCCAUACAGCUGCUGUGCACUCGGACCUUUCCGGACGCCGAGAGCUUGGAGCGGCUGCCGCUGCUGGAGGUGGGACGCGGCAGCGUUUCCCUGCGCUUCCAGGUGUUGCAGCCCACACCCUCGGAGGAGGACAGCGACAGCGACAGCGACUUGGACCUGGAGCCGUCCACAUCGGCGCAGGCAAGAGUGCGUCUCGAGGAGCGGAAGAGACGCCACGAGGCGGCACGUAAUCCCAAGAAAAUUAUCGUAGUCGAAACGGAGGUGAUGGUCGAGCGGCGAUUCGACGAUCCCCAGAGUCUGGACUGGGUCACCUUUACGGUGAACGGUGGCGAGAUCCUCAAAUGGCAGCUGGACGAGUUCCACGCUCAGUUCUUCGAGGAUCCCCAGUACUCGUCCAUCCAUCUGUGGGAUCUGCAUCACAGAUGCGCCGGCAAUUGGCUGCAGAUCAUCCGGGCGGACGGCAAUGGCUACAAAAACUUUCAGACCCCGGGCAAUCCGUUUGAGAUCUUUGCCAAGCUCUUCGUUCGCAAGGAGCUGGAUGGGGAGGAUUUGGUGUGCAAAUUGGCCGAAUCCUGUAUUACCGGCAACAAGGCCGUACUCCGAUCGGAGCGUCUGUUCGUGAUGCAGGUGUUCAACCAUGUGCGCCGCAUAUUCGAGUACAUCACCAUGAAGCAGUACACGGUGUGGUUCCUGGUGUCCGGCGCCCAGGGCCCUCAAAGUCUGACCGAAGAGGAUCUCGACUUCGAUUUGCGUAAUGUGCGCACUUCCAUCCGUAUUGCUGGCGACAACAGGAACAUCUUCUGGAGCCAGUCCGAUCACAAUGUCCAGAACUUGCUGAUGGUCUCCUUCCAGUUGGCCCUGAGCAGCAUUGCCAAGCAAUCGGUGCUGAUUAUCAGCCAUUUGGAUAAGAUAGCUGAUUUCGUGACCUGGCAGAUUAUCACGGCUUCCUACAUGAACGACAUCGAUGCCCGUGGACCCACAGAUUCGAAAUGGGUCUGCAUGCGCUACUUGCAACGCAUCGUCGAAAUGGCCCAGGCCAACUGCAUCAUUGUCCUCAUCGAGUAUCCCAGCUUCCUGAGCAUUCUCUCCGACGAGCGGCAUGUGAUCAAGUGUGAGAAGCAGCCGGACAAAGAAUCCUGGGACGUUAAAGUUGCGUCCGCCGAAUCGUCCGAGUCCCGCUUGGAAAUCCUUAAGAAUGCCAUCGAUUUCGCGCUAGGCAGUGUCGCGCCCGCCACCCCUCAAGAAUAAGCCGCCGCCGCCGCCGCCGCCGCUGCCGCUCACGGAACAACAACAGGAGCUGCAUUCUUCAGCUCCAUUUCAAUUAGGGUUUUGCCGGCUGUCAGUUUGAAUGCCACACAGCCAGCAAGCCAUCGCCAUCACCAUCACUGCAACUGCAUCUGCAACUACAACUACAACUAAAAUGGCUGUCAGGCCCUUAGGCCCUUUUAGACGAAGCCGAAGGAAACAGAACAUUUUUUUUUUUUAGAAUUAAAGAUAUUCAAGAUUUGGCAUUCAAUAAGUGCCUUGGUGGGGCCAAAUCUUACAUACAUAACAUAUUCCAUUCAUUCAAAAAUAAUAUUAGAGAACAAGAGAUGGAUCCCAUUUAUUUCGAAAAAAUACACACUUUUUUUUUUAUUGUAUCAAGAUGAAUUGAUAAAAAAUGGGAAAAAA